AUGUCCGUCUGGUCCGUCCAGACAAAUUCUGCAUCCGAGAAUCCAAUCCUCAUCAAUGAUGAGAUUGAUGUUCUCGGAAAUUCUCUCGCUUCAUGGUCCGAUCGAUCCGUUGGCCAGAUCUCCACUGGUCAUGAUCCACGAUGA